GCCAAUCAGAUGGCUUGAUGUUCAGAGCACAACAACGGGACUCCGGUAUUCGAGGAAGGGGCGAGAGAGAAGAGUGACGGACAAAAUGGGAGUCCAGGUGGAGACACUGAGACCAGGCGACGGAAAGACCUUCCCGAAGAGGGGGACAAAGGUGUACGUGCACUAUGUGGGUACACUCACAAAUGGGAAAAAGUUUGACUCUUCUAGGGAUCGCAGUGCGCCAUUCGAGUUUAUAAUUGGAGCCGGUCAAGUAAUUCGUGGUUGGGAUGAGGGUGUCGCUCAGAUGAGUGUUGGUCAACUGGCCAGGUUGAUUUGCACACCAGAUUAUGCUUAUGGUGCCAGUGGAUACCCACCAGUCAUCCCACCUAAUUCCACUCUGAUCUUUGAAGUGGAGUUGCUCCAAUGCUGAGUGUUUCUACCUACUCUUCAGUUUUUCAUUCCGCCUCCAUCUCUGGUAACAGUGUCAUUAAAGGUGCUGUCGGUUGCAUUUUUAUAUAAGUCUAGCAGUGAUUCUGAAAUCUUUGUAUAAUUGAGGAUAGUAAAUCACACAGUAGUGUUGAAUGAGCUGAUGUCCUGAUGUUGUUGCUAGUGAUAUUGGUGUAAAAGAAGAGGGGACAGUUUUAGCAAAUGCAUUUAAUGAUUUUUCUGCAAAGUGUUGCUCACUCAUUAUGUUUUGAAAUAAUGGCUUUUGAUAGCCUUCAUUUAUCAGCCUUUUGUUGCCAUUUAUAUUAGAAAAUAAUCUUUUGAUACUUUUCUUUUUCUGUUUGUGAUGGAGGCCUUUUUUGUCACAAUGUGGAAUCAGUUUUUGGUAAAGUGUAUCAUCCAUUUUAAUAAAUGGUCUUAUCUGUGGGUAUUGCACUCUUGCAUUAAAAACAUUGUUUAAUGUCA